AAUGAGAGUCGGCAACUAUAGUGAAACGGCAGACAUUUUGGCUCAACGACACGUUAAGACUGCUAGUUGCGGGCAAAAGCCACCGGAGCCGAAAUGGUGGCCACAGGGCGAGCAGUUUCUCUCGUUGCAAAGUCCCGCGAGAUUUGAAGACGAGCUUAGCUCACGCACAGGAGGGACGGGAAAACAAACGCGAAUACGGGCUACGUCACGAAUGGCUCCCUAUUCCCUGUUUAGGGCACUAUGAUGUCUGUGGAUUUCAGGAGAUUGCUCUGCACCACCCGGCUUCACUCUCCAUUUCUUCUGAUGAUACCACCCUGAGCACUUACCCAGGGGGCAAGAUGAAAACCACUGGGGGUCAGCCGUUUGAGAAAGAUGAUGGAAGUCCACUUCACCUUGUACUGCCACCUCAAAGGAGCCUUGUUCGAAGUCGGGGCAGGCAUUUCUCUUCAUCCUUGACCACCAUUCCAUGUCCUUUCACCCUGUCCCACGGCACCACCACAUUAGGUUUCACUUUCCAGGGUGGCGUAAUAGCGGCGGCUGACACCAGGGCUAGCUGUGCGGGUCUGGUCGCUUGCCCAGUUGCCCAGAAAAUAAUACCCAUCCACUCGCACAUGGUGGUGACUACUUCGGGCAGUGGGGCCGACUGUAUGCUGUGGGAGCGGAUUUUGGCCAGGGAAAUUCGACUGUACCAACUCCGCCAUGGCCGAAGACUCUCAGUCACUGGGGCUGCUAAGCUGCUUUCCUUCAUGUUACAUCCCUUCAAGGGCACUGAGGUGUGCGUGGCAGCUACGCUUUGUGGGUGGGAUGGAGGGGAUACAAGGUCAGAAUGGGACAAUAUGAGGAAAGAAGAUGAAAGUGCUUUUAGCCCUCUCCUAGAAAGUGAACCUAGUGCUAGUGCUAGCAGGGCAUCAUCAGAACUAGCCAUCGACAUAAGCACUUCAAAUACAGAAACUUCGGUUACAUCGCAGCAAGCCGAUGGGAUCUCCAAGGAAGUCGGUGGGACCGCGUCACAAGAUGGCUCAGAUCAAAUCUUAGCAGCUAGCUGCCGGUCAGGCCCCAGGGUGUGCUAUGUGUGCAGCGAUGGCCUACUCCUAAAAGGAGAAUUAAUUUCAGUCGGCUCAGGCUCUCCCUACGCCUACUCCAUACUCGAUGAUGGCUGGAAGUGGUCAAUGAGCGUAGAAGAGGCUGUGGCUCUAGCGAGGGAAGCAGUCUACAGGGCCACUCACAGGGAUGCAUACUCUGGGAACAACGUAGACCUGUUCCACAUCACUGAACGAGGAUGGUGCCGCAGGCGCAGGGAGGACCUGAAGGACGAGUACCACAGGGAAAGGAGGAGGGAGAAGGAGAUUGUGCAGCAGCAGGAGAGAGAAAAAGAGAAGAGAGAGAAUGUGCAGAAAAAGAAGACGGGAAACUGACGGACUGAAUAGUAACAGUAAAAAUGCACUUGUGGUCUUGAGUUGAUCAUUAAAGUGGCUGUAAAGGUGCGACUGACUUGCUUUGUUUCCCUUUUGCUUUGCAAAAUGACACGACUCUCAGCCAGUCACUGCUUUGCAACUGUAUCAAAACACUACUUUCUCCUUUUUUGCAACGAACCUGGAGUGAGAACGGUGAGGACUGUUAGUCUAAAAGGUGGUGAAAACCUGUUACUGAUC